CGUAGCAUUCAGACUCUUUUUAGAGAUCCAGUCCUAACUACCAGAUCACAGCCAGCAUCACAGAUAGGAGGACUCACCGGACAGACUCCGUGUUCACCUUCUCACCGUUAACUGCACUGAGUCGGCUUGUGUUGAGACUUCGCAGGACCCGACCUGGGACACAUUUCUGCGACAGGAUGCUCUCGUUAAGGAUGGAGCUACCGUGUUGGUGUUUAUUGUUGCUGAGCUGCCUGCAGGCGCUCUCAGCCCACAAUGACUUCUUCACCUCCAUAGGCCAGAUGACAGAUCUGUUAUACACAGAAAAAGACCUUGUCAUCUCUCUAAAGGACUACAUCAGAGCGGAGGAGAACAAGCUCGAGCAGGUCAAACGGUGGGCUGAUAAGUUGGAUUCAUUGUCAGCCACAGCCAUACAAGACCCAGAGGGAUUCCUGGGGCACCCUGUCAAUGCCUUCAAACUGAUGAAGAGGCUGAACACGGAGUGGGGGGACCUGGAGAGCCUUGUACUCAAAGACACAACUGAUGGAUUUAUUUCCAACCUGACCAUCCAGAGACAGUACUUCCCCACAGAUGAGGACCAGACCGGGGCUGCUAAAGCUCUCAUCCGGUUACAAGACACUUACAGACUGGAUGCCAACACAAUCUCAACAGGAGACCUACCUGGAGUGAAACACAAGAGCCUAAUGACAGUGGAGGACUGUUACGAGCUGGGGAAAAUCGCCUACUCUGACGUUGAUUACUACCACACAGAGCUGUGGAUGGCCCAGGCCCUGAAACAGCUUGACGAGGGAGAGGAGUCCACUAUAGAUAAGGUGACAGUACUCGACUACCUCAGCUACUCCAUAUACCAGCAGGGGGAGAUAGAGCGAGCCCUGGAGUUCACCAAGAGGCUGCUUGAACUGGACCCAGAGCAUCAGCGUGCCCAGGGAAACCUGAAGUACUUUGAGUUCCAGUUGGAGAAGCAGAAAAAGACUGAGGAGGACGCAGCUCAAAAGCAGAAAGAGCGAGGGAAAAGAGAAACAACUGAAAAGACGAUAAAGCCUAAAAAGAAGGGCGCCAUUCCGUUGAUCCCAGAGAGGAAGAAGUAUGAGAUGCUUUGUCGUGGAGAGGGCAUCAGAAUGACCCCUCGCAGGCAGAGCCGACUGUUCUGUCGAUACUACGACAACAAUCACAGCCCCGUCUUACUCCUGUCACCUGCAAAACAGCAAGAUGAGUGGGACCGCCCCUACAUUGUUCGCUACAUUGACAUCAUCUCCGACAAAGAAAUCGAAAGGAUCAAGCAACUGGCAAAGCCACGACUACGCAGGGCCACCAUCUCCAACCCCAUCACAGGAGUGCUAGAGACAGCUCCGUACCGGAUCAGCAAAAGGCGAGCCACGGUGCAUGACCCUCAAACUGGGAAACUUACCACGGCCCAGUACAGAGUCUCCAAGAGUGCUUGGCUCACUGGCUAUGAAGAUCCAAUGAUUGACAAGAUCAACCAGAGAAUUGAAGAUCUCACAGGGCUGGAAAUGGACACUGCAGAAGAGCUGCAGGUUGCAAAUUACGGCGUUGGAGGGCAAUACGAACCUCACUUUGAUUUCGGAAGGAAAGAUGAGCCAGAUGCCUUUAAAGAGCUGGGCACUGGGAACCGGGUAGCAACAUGGCUCUUCUAUAUGAGUGAUGUAGCAGCUGGUGGAGCCACAGUGUUCCCAGAUGUUGGUGCAGCAGUUUGGCCCCAAAAGGGCACUGCCGUGUUCUGGUACAAUCUGUUUGCAAGCGGGGAAGGAGACUACAGCACCCGACAUGCAGCUUGUCCAGUGUUGGUCGGCAACAAGUGGGUAUCAAACAAAUGGAUCCAUGAACGAGGCCAGGAGUGGCGGCGACCUUGUGGCCUUAGUGAAACUGAAUGAUUGAUGGAAAAAGGAAAACCACAUGAUGACCACCCUGCUCCUCUCUCCCCUUCCUUGUGAACCACCCAGGGCCAAAGAACACUGCUGCAGAUACCAGAUGACACAUAUGGGGAUACAUGGGGCCCAAAUAGCUCACUCCCUCUCUACAAACACUCCUUUUCCACCCAGCUGUUAUGCUCUGAGCCCAGAGAUUGUUUGGGGUAAUGUCGAGUCCCUGGACAAUAUUAGCAUUGCUGUGACAGAUAAACAUGUUCUGAAGGUUGUUGAAUGGUUUUGUUACACACUUGUGCCUUUUUCACUCCUGUGUGUUCUUCUUUGCACUCUGUAUGUCUAGCUCUGUGGUGAGGUUCUUCCUUCAGCAGUGACUGUGGGGACCAGCUUCCUCCCAGUCAGUUUGAAGCUUUUGAGGCACAGUUCACAUUUUUCAUUGUAUUCCUUACAUUUCAUUGACAGAGCACUUGGGCCUUUGGUUUUUCACAAUAUGAAAGGAUGUUUUAAAAUGACAUGCACCGCCUCCAAACAGUGUAUUGUUUUUCUCAAACUUCCAGAGGGACUUUUCCUUGCUACUGAAUCUCUUUUUCUUUAUUUACAUGUGGGAGCAGUCUCCGCUUCCAAUAACUUUGAAUCAAAAACCAAAGUAAUUGCUCUGUGGAAGGAAUGAAAGAACUCACAGCAUAUAAGAAAAUGGUCAGACUGCCUACCCCCCAAGAAAUCUGGAAAAUCUGACCACAGUCCAGGGUGGGGUUUUGAGUGAAAAAGCUAUUCCCUGUAGGUUGUGUAACUAAUCAGAACUGAUGCAUGGCUUAUUUUACAUCGACGCUGUAGAUUCUCACACAGUACACACCUUGCUGGUCUGCCUCAAACCAUGGUGUUAUUUUUGUUGUUUUUUACUCAUUUCAACAGGCGCACUUUGACAUAUAGUUAGAUUUGUUAUGCCUGAACAUAUGGUUUCUACAAAUGCAUAGUCACACUUUUACCUGGACACAAACACAGUUACAUACAUUCCAGUAUUGCAUAGAAUUUAGUGUUAUAUUUCAUAGGUUUAAAUUCUUCACCCUGAUUGUCCCAGUGUUGUGUAAGGACCUAAAUGACCACCAGCUGUCACUAAAUUAGCAAAAGAGAGAGAAAAAAGGAACAUCAGUACAUAAACAAUUAGGAAAUGGAAGAGAGGACUGGACACACCACACUGUUUAAAUCCCCAGUCUUUUACAGUGAAUGAUUCCAGUGGGUUUGUUACAGUGUCCAGUGUUUUUCAGUGUAAGAAUAUAUGGGUUUUCCAAGGAAGAAACAUUUAAUUUAUAUGUCCCAGGCCACGUUUUGUGUUGGGUUUUUUUUUUUGUCAUAAAUGAAAGUCUGAAAUUGUUUUUUGUUUUCUACAAUAAAGACUGUCUUAUUGAUCUCAAGCUA